UUCCCACUACGAAUAUCCGGUUUGAAAUGAAUCUCAAAAGACAACAGUUCUUUCUGUUCUUAGUUCCUUGAUUCUAAGGUUUAGGUCUGGUUUCACUAAGAGAUGCUUGAUGCGUCGUAGAAUGAUCUUCAAGUUUGGACUGACAGUCAUUGUCCUGGUAGCUGUGUUCAUGUUCUACAUCAUCCAUCAGCAAGCUGACCAAAAUGUACAGGAGAGGGAAGCUACAGAGGGCAACCAAAUUAUCCAAAAUCAGUCGCUUAAACCCAGAGAAUUAACGAAAGAAGAAAAGCUAAGACUGGCUGAAAAGGAAAAGCGAGGAAGAAUUUGGAGAGACAGUAUCCAUCUUUCCCUUGUUGUUUGCGGUGAUCGUGGCAAUGAGUCCAUUACCCUCAUCAAGUCUGCCGUCCUCUUCACCAAGUCUUACAUCAUUAUCCACAUCUUUGCAGAGGAAGAGCUGCAUUCUGCCUUACAGUACCAGCUCAAUUCAUGGCCAAGCCUUGUCAGAAAGAAGUUUGAAUAUCAUUUGUAUGGUAUAAUAUACCCCGACUCAAACCAAGAGUGGAAAAUGUUGUUUAAACCAUGUGCCUCACAAAGGUUGUUUAUUCCAUCCAUUUUGACCAAUGUGGAUUCCCUGCUUUAUGUUGAUACUGACAUAUUAUUCCUCUCCCCCUUGGAGGAAAUCUGGUUUCAUUUUUCUCGAUUCAACAGUACACAACUAAUUGCUUUGGCUCCAGAGAGUGAAGACAGACAAACUGGCUGGUACAACAGAUUUGCUAGACACCCAUAUUUUGGAGAAUUAGGUGUUAAUUCUGGAGUGAUGCUCAUGAAUUUGACAAGACUUCGAAAUUCAACAUGGCUUCCAUCCAUCAAAAAUUACUACAAAGAGUACAAAUUAAAGUUGACUUGGGGAGACCAGGACCUCAUUAAUGUCUACUUCCACUUUCAUCCCGAUGAGCUUUAUGUUUACCCCUGUGAGUGGAAUUACAGGCCUGAUCAUUGUAUGUAUAUGAGUGUGUGCAAAGGAGCGGAACGAGGCGGGGCCUACGUACUUCAUGGCAGUAGGCGUGCCAUGCAUAACGACAAGCAGCCUGCAUUUAAAGCAGUUUAUUUGGCAUUUAAUGCAUAUAGUUUCCAGGAUGAGAUGAAGACAUCUUUACUGCCACAGCUUUUGGAAAAUCUUGAAGCCACAGCAAAAACUCCAUGUGGGACUGUCCGAGAUGUUUUUUCUAUGAGAGUCGCUCAGUUCAUCAAUCAUGAUGUAAAAAAUAGAUGACCAUUAUUCCCUAACGUCAUCUAUUAAAUAGACUGAACAAAGCGGAAUACGUGUGUCAUGGUAUGAGUGAAUUCCAAGAAAUUUCUUGGAUAUUGUUAAUGUUCUCUUAAUUGAAUGGAUUUAUAAAUAAAUGUGAGAUUAUUUACA